AUGAUGGACAACUCGGCCAAUUGGCGUAUACCAAAGUCUAUGUCCGAAGUGAUUACUGGAUAUAUUGGUGACAUAAGGAGCAUCCAGAGGCUUUGGCUUGGCUAUGGUGGCAACUACGUGGCCGAGAUCUCGGACGAUGAUUAUCAGUACCACCUCGAUGAUUACAACGACCUUAAGGAACAUAUGGAAGAUAUAGAGGAAGAGAUUUAUCUGAACAACAUAACCAGUGAAGGGCCGUCAAUCAAGCAACUUGCUAUGAAUAUUGAAGAUCCUAGAGGAUACAUUCUGAUCAGGGACCGGGAAGAAGUAUCCUUGGGAACUGGAAUAGCUGGUAGCCAUCUUAGACAAUCAUGGCAAAAGUUCAGAGAUGAGAACGAGAAUACUUGGUAA